AUGGACAAUCAGACCACAGUGACUUAUUUUGUCCUCUUGGGAUUUUCACACAACCCACCAGUCCAAAUUUUUCUGUUCUUAUUGUUUUUAUUUAUAUAUACAGCAACGCUGCUGGCAAAUACACUGAUUAUAAAAUUAAUAGUGAUGAGUAAUCAGCUUCAGGGCCCCAUGUACUUUUUCCUGAGUCACCUGUCUUUCCUCGAUAUUUGCUUCUCUUCAGUCACUGUGCCAAAGUUGCUAGUUAACCUCUGUUCAAGGCCAACAAUAUCAUACAAUGGCUGCAUUGCCCAGAUGUUCUCAAGCAUUCUGUUAGUGUGCACGGAAGCUUAUAUUCUUGCAGCAAUGGCUUUUGACCGAUACAUUGCUAUACGCAAGCCCCUUCACUAUGUGCAAAUCAUGAGCAGAGUGUUCUGCAGAUGUCUGGUGGGAGGUGCAUGGGCCAUUGGAACCUUGCAAGCUCUGGUGAAUUCAUUACCUAUAUUAAAACUAACUUUCUGUGGUCCAAAUAUUAUCAGGCACUUCAGCUGUGAAUACCCAUCUUUACUUGCUUUGUCCUGCACUGAAACAUUCCCAAAUGUGGUUACUUUCUUCAUUUCUGGAACCACUAUCGCAGUUUCUUCAAUCCUUGUUAUUCUGGUCUCCUAUGUCCACAUUCUCUCUACCGUCCUGAAGAUGCAAUCAGCUGAAGCGAAAAAGAAAACCUUCUCCACUUGCAGUGCCCACCUUAUCGUGGUGCUUCUAUACUAUGGCACAUGCAGCUUUAGGUAUUUGAGACCCAACUCCAUUUCCUCAGCAAUCCUGGAUGAACUUUUUUCCAUCCAGUAUAGCAUAUCAACUCCCAUGCUGAAUCCCAUUAUUUAUAGCCUUAAAACCAGGGAAAUCAAGUUCGGCUUAAAGAAAUUAUUGGGGUUCAAAUGA